CGCGACGCUCAUGAGACUUGUUGAAUGGCACUCCCUGUGUAUCUCCCUUGAUACGCUCUGCUUCGGUGCCGCGGCUCUUUUGAUGACGAUAAUGGCGUGACCUUUGCGAGAAGCGAUGAUUGCGAGGAAUUGGGUCCUCGCAUCUCCGCAUGCUCGUCGCAACAGUAAAGCGGGAGCAUGAGACCUGGCAAAGGUCAUCUGUGGCUUCGUCCUACGAGCGGUCCAUGGGAGCAAGGCUCAACCCAAGGUUUUAUUCGAUGGAAUACGCAAAAGCCGCGCGCCUCUACACGAGCAUUUCUAAGGGACUUACUUUUGGUUUUGACAGACAAUGGGACAGAUUCUCUCCUGAAACCAGUCAAACCAUGGGUGUCGACUCUGGCCGGUUGAGCCGGGAUUCGUAACCCUUGCGAAGCACAAAUCCAUAUGUAGCAGAUGAAUCCCUACCAUGAGGAUGAUCCUUAC